AUGAUCGUGCUAUUCCUCUUUGCCUCGCUCUGGAUGCUGGAGGGGGCCCUCGGCCAGCUCCAUUACACGGUGCAGGAAGAACAGGAGCAUGGCACGUUCGUGGGGAAUAUCGCCGAAGACCUGGGCUUGGACAUUACAAAACUUUCGGCUCGCCGCUUUCAGACGGCGUCCAACUCCCGCAGCCCUUACUUGGAACUCAACCUGGAAACCGGGGUGCUCUACGUGAACGAGAAGAUCGACCGCGAGCAGAUCUGCAAGCAGAGCCCCUCCUGCCUGCUGCACCUGGAGGUCUUCCUGGAGAACCCCCUCGAGCUGUUCCGGGUGGAGAUCGAGGUGCUGGACAUCAACGACAACCCACCCUCCUUCCCCGAACCCGACCUCACCGUGGAGAUCUCGGAGAGCGCCACGCCGGGCACCCGCUUCCCCCUGGAGAGCGCCUUCGACCCCGACGUGGGCACCAACUCUCUGCGCACCUACGAGAUCACUCCCAACAGCUACUUUUCACUCGACGUGCAGACGCAGGGCGACGGCAACCGCUUCGCCGAGCUGGUGCUGGACAAGCCGCUGGACCGCGAGCAGCAGGCGGUGCACCGCUACGUGCUGACUGCGGUGGACGGCGGGCAGCCCCAGCAGCGUACCGGUACCGCCCUGCUCACCAUCAGGGUGCUGGACUCCAACGACAACGUCCCCGCCUUCGAGCAGCCCGUCUACACCGUAUCGCUGCCGGAGAAUUCGCCGCCGGGCACGCUGGUGCUGCAGCUCAACGCCAGCGACCCCGACGAGGGGCAGAACGGCGAGGUCAUCUACUCCUUCAGCAGCCACAUAUCGGCCCGCGCACGGGAGCUCUUCGGCAUCGCGCCGCGCACCGGGCGCCUGGAGGUGAGCGGCGAGCUGGACUACGAGGAGAGCAGCGUGUACCAGGUGUACGUGCAAGCGAAGGACCUGGGGCCCAACGCCGUGCCGGCGCACUGUAAGGUGCUGGUGCGGGUGCUGGACGCCAACGACAACGCGCCCGAGAUCAGCUUCUCCACCGUGAAGGAGGCGGUGAGCGAAGCGGCGGCGCCGGGCACCGUGGUGGCCCUCUUCAGCGUCUCGGACCGCGACUCGGAGGAGAACGGGCAGGUACAGUGCGAGCUGCUGCAGGGCGACGCGCCCUUCCGCCUCAAGAGCUCGUUCAAAAACUACUACACCAUCGUCACCGAGGGGCCGCUGGACCGCGAGCAGCCGGGCGGCGACGCCUACACGCUGACCGUAGUGGCUCGGGACCGCGGCGAGCCGCCGCUCAGCACCAGCAAGUCCAUCCAGGUGCGGGUGAGCGACGUGAACGACAACGCUCCGCGCUUCAGCCAGCCCGUCUACCAGGUGUACGUGAGCGAGAACAACGUGCCCGGCGCCUACAUCUACGCCGUCAGCGCCACCGACCGGGACCAGGGCGCCAACGCCCAGCUCGCCUACUCUAUCCUUGAGAGUCAGAUCCAGGGCAUGUCCGUCUUCACCUACGUCUCCAUCAACUCCGAGAACGGCUUCCUCUACGCGCUCCGCUCCUUCGACUACGAGCAGCUCAAGGAGUUCAGCUUCCAGGUGGAGGCUCGCGACGCCGGAGAGGAACCGCAGCCGCUGGCCGGCAACGCCACCGUCAAUAUCAUCGUCGUGGACCAGAACGACAACGCUCCCGCCAUCGUCAGCCCGCUGCCCGGCCGCAACGGCACCCCGGCGCGGGAGGUGCUGCCGCGCGGCGCCGAGCCGGGCUAUCUGGUCAGCCGCGUGGCGGCGGUGGACGCCGACGACGGCGACAACGCCCGCCUCACCUACAGCAUCGUGCGGGGCAACGAGGCCAGCCUCUUCCGCAUGGACUGGCGAACGGGCGAGCUGCGGACGGCGCGCAGAGUGCCGGCCAAGCGCGACCCUCAGCGGCCCUACGAGCUGGUGGUCGAAGUGCGCGACCACGGGCAGCCGCCACUCUCCUCCACCGCCGCCAUCCAGGUGGUGCUGGUGGACGGCGCGGCCGAGCGGCCCGGCGGCGGCGGCGGCGGCGGCGGCGGAGCGCUGGGCGCGGGGGUGGGCGCGGGGGGCGGCGGAGGCGGCGGAGAGCAUCGGCCCAGCCGCUCCGGGGGAGACACUUCGCUCGACCUCACCCUCAUCCUCAUCAUCGCCCUGGGCUCCGUCUCCUUCAUCUUCCUGCUGGCCAUGAUCGUGCUGGCCGUGCGCUGCCAAAAGGAGAAGAAGCUCAACAUCUACACCUGCCUGGCCAGCGACUGCUGCCUGGGCUGCUGCUGCUGCUGCCCCUGCUGCAGCCGCCAAGCGCGAGCCCGCAAGAAGAAACUCAGCAAGUCGGACAUCAUGCUGGUGCAGAGCUCCAACGCGCCCAGCAACCCGGCGCAGGUGCCGGUGGAGGAGUCGGGCAGCUUCGGCUCCCACCACCACAACCAGAACUACUGCUACCAAGUCUGCCUCACUCCCGAGUCCGCCAAGACCGACCUGAUGUUCCUCAAACCCUGCAGCCCCUCCCGCAGCACCGACGCCGAACACAACCCUUGCGGGGCCAUCGUGACCGGCUACGCCGACCAGCAGCCCGACAUCAUCUCCAACGGCAGCAUCCUGUCCAGCGAGACGAAACAUCAGCGUGCUGAGCUCAGUUAUCUAGUUGACAGACCCCGACGGGUAAACAGUUCUGCAUUCCAGGAAGCAGACAUAGUAAGCUCUAAGGACAGUGGUCAUGGAGACAGUGAGCAAGGAGACAGUGAUCAUGAUGCCACUAAUCGAGGUCAAUCCUCUGGCAUGGAUCUCUUCUCCAAUUGCACAGAGGAAUGUAAAGCACUGGGCCACUCAGAUCGGUGCUGGAUGCCUUCCUUUGUCCCAUCUGACGGACGCCAAGCUGCAGAUUACCGCAGCAAUCUGCAUGUACCUGGCAUGGACUCCGUUCCAGACACUGAAGUGUUUGAAACACCAGAAGCCCAGCCGGGGGCAGAAAGGUCCUUCUCCACCUUCGGCAAAGAGAAGUCUCUUCACAACACUCUGGAGAGGAAGGAGUUGGAUGGACUGCUGUCUAAUACACGAGCGCCUUACAAACCACCGUAUUUGACACGGAAAAGGAUAUGCUAGUCACUUCUACAGGACUUACCUGAAGCAGCAUGAUUUGCACAAAAGUCGACCAACAAAAAGCAUCAACUUUCAACUUCAUU